AUGGCCCUUUCCGUGUGCACAAGUGGUGGAUCCCGGCAAUUCUCUUCUUGGAGUGGACUUGGCGGGGGAUCUCUGAGAAUGUCUAGUUCUGGUGGUGGAGGAGGCGUUGGUGGCAGCGGACUUGGGUUUGGUGGUGGAUCUGGCGGAGGUUUUGGUGCUGCUUCUAUGCUUGGUUCAGGCUCUGGCUUCAGUGGGGGUUUUCGGAGUAGCUCAGGUGGAGGCUUUGGGAGCGGCUUAAGUAGUGGCUUUGGUGGAGGCUUUGCUGGUGGUUUAGGUGGCAGCUAUGGAAGUGGCUUAGGCAGUGCUUUUGGUGGAGGUUUAGGAAGUGGUUUUGGCAGCAGCUCAGGCAAUGGUUUUGGAGGUGGCUUUGGUAGUGGCUCAGGAUAUGGUUUUGGAGGUGGUUUUGGCACUGCUGGUGCUGGGGAUGGUGGCCUUUUUUCUGGCUCAAAAAAAGAAACUAUGCAGAACCUCAAUGACCGUCUGGCUGCUUAUCUGGACAAAGUACAAAGUCUGGAGGAUGCCAAUACCGACUUGGAGUGCAAAAUCCGCGAGUGGUAUGAGAAAAACGGCCCUGGCACUGGUAUCUCUGGAUCUGGGAAUGACUAUAGUAAAUAUUAUCCUACAAUUGAAGAUCUUCGAAACAAGAUCAUUAAUGCAACUAUCGACAAUGCAAGAAUCAUUUUGCAGGUUGAUAAUGCCAGACUGGCUGCUGAUGAUUUCAGACUGAAAUAUGAGAAUGAAGUGGCUCUUCGCCAGAGUGUGGAAGCUGACAUCAACGGUCUGCGUAGAGUUCUUGAUGAGCUGACCUUGACAAGAGCUGAUUUGGAGAUGCAGAUUGAAAGCCUGAAUGAAGAACUGGCUUAUCUCAAGAAGAAUCAUGAAGAGGAGCUGCAGGGCAUCCAAAGCAGUGCAUCUGGCCAAAUCAGUGUUGAAAUGGAUGCUGCUCCAGGAACUGACCUGACCAAGCUUUUGAAUGACAUGAGGGGACAGUAUGAAGUCAUUGCUGAGCAAAAUCGCAAAGAGGCUGAAGCAUGGUUCAAUGAAAAAAGUGGGGAGCUGAAAAGGGAAAUCUCCACCAAUACUGAGCAGCUUCAGUCAGGAAAGAGCGAGAUCACAGAUUUAAAACGGACUCUCCAGAGCCUGGAAAUCGAACUACAGUCUCAGCUUGCCAUGAAAAAAUCCCUUGAAGACACUUUAGCAGAAACGGAAGGAGGUUACUGUGCUCAGCUUUCACAAAUGCAACUUCAGAUUGGGAAUCUGGAGUCUCAGCUGCUUCAGGUCAGGGCCGAUAUGGAGCGCCAGAAUGCAGAGUAUCAACAACUUCUAGACAUCAAGACCUACCUGGAAAUGGAGAUUGAAACCUAUCGUCGCUUGCUGGAUGGCGAGAGCGCAGGACAGGGAGUUACAUUUGAAAGCUCAUCCUUGACAGGGUCCAAAUCAGAAACACAAUCGCUGGAUUCUUCUCAGGAUCCUACCAAAACUAGAAAGAUCAAGACAAUUGUUGAAGAAGUGGUAGAUGGAAAAGUUGUUGCAUCCCACGUUAAGGAAGUUGAAGAGAAGAUAUAA